CGAAUAGCAUAGCAAACAGCCUUUCUUCUUUCUUUCAUUAUCUAUAGCGUCAUCGUUGCCAAAUCGCCGCCACCAUGUCCAAGUCGCUGCAGCUCAAGGAAGAAGGCAAUCGCUUCUUCCAGGCCGGCAACUUCAUUGGCGCAGAUGGCCUCUACUCCAAGGCACCCCAAAAACCCAGCUCUCUACACUAACCGCGCCAUGGCCCGCCUCAAGCUGGGCCACUGGGAAUCCGUCAUCACCGACUGCCAGACCUGCCUCGGCCUCGCUCCUCAAAACAUGAAAGCCCACUACUACCUCGCCCAAGCGCAGCUCUCCAUCGGCGACUUUGACAGCGCACUCACCAACGCCCUGGCAGCGCACAAGAUAUGCGCAACCACAAACGACAAGUCGCUUGGCGCAAUCACCAACAUUGUCCUGCGCUGCAAAAAGGACCGCUGGGACGACAAGGAGAAGAAGAGGCUGCGACAGGAGCGAGAGCUGGAAGAGGAGAUGCUGGCCAUGUUGGUCAGGGACCGCGAUGACAUGCUCGCAGCUGAAAGUGAUGAAACUGAGCGCAAGAUAAUCGAAGAGGAAGCAAAUGAAAAGAUGCAAACUCUCAGUAAAGUCUUUGAAAACGCCAGAACACAAAGCCUAAAGCGGCGUGAAGUGCCUGACUGGGCAAUUGACGAUAUAAGCUUCGCCAUCAUGGUCGAUCCUGUCGUGACAAAAACUGGCAAAUCGUACGAACGCGCCACCAUCAUGGAGCAUCUCCGCCGCCAUCCCUCUGACCCUCUCACCCGCGAACCACUCAGCAUUGCUGAACUUCGGCCGAAUCUCUCCUUGCGCCAGGCCUGCUCUGACUUUUUGGAAGAAAACGGCUGGGCUGUGGACUGGUAGCCUCUUACUUCGUUUUGGACUUGUUCCUCAAUUUUUUUUUAUCUCAAGUCUUUGACAGCGAGCGACUUUUCCUUUCUUCACUUCUACAAACUACACGCUAAGCUCGAAUUUUUCUUCUUGAAUUUUUUUUUUAUGCGGGCUUUAGGUUCUUAUGGCAUCGUACAGCGUUUUGAGGACAUUUCUGCACAAAAGGAAUUUUUUUCCAGUCUUUAUCAAUGCAUUCUUGACUUGCAUAUUAUAGGGGAUUGAUCAUCACUAGUGCUUGAAGAAUGAAUGUUGGCUAUAAAAUAAGGGACUUAAUGAAACAAGUACCUGUCCCAAUCAUAUACAUCAUGUAUUGCUGUCCAAGCGCAUAGCUCAUCGUGAACCAUCUUCCCCUUUUCUAAGCCACUA